GACCAGGAAACUUCCACGUCACUGCCAAGAUCGUUCGGGGUUUUGGACUUGGUGCAGCUAUUCAUCGACAACGUAACACGUGACUAAAGUUCCGUAAAGUUUUUUAUUUUAUUUUAAGGAUACUUUUUUAUUUCUUCCAACUGAGCACUGCAUGGGAAAGCGAUGUUGGUGAAGUUGCUCACUGGCCUUGCGCUGUGUGUUGUUCUGAGCGUACAAGGAGAACCUAAACUGAUGGGCUCAGAUCAGCCAGUUAAAGCAUCAGUCGGCCAGGACGUCAUCCUUCAGUGUUGCUUGAGACCCCCUCUUGAUGCGAGGACCCGUACAGUAGAGUGGACACUCAAUAAAACACUGGUGCACGUUUACCGGAAUAGGAGGGAUGAUCCCAACCUUCAGCACGAUAACUUCAAGGGCAGGACAUCUCUUUUUCACAAUGAAAUGCGCAAAGGAAACAUCUCACUACAACUCUUCUCAGUAAACAAAUCGGAUGCAGGAAAUUACACAUGCUUCAUUCCCAAACUAGGGAGUAAGGUCAACAAAGGAUACGCUGUCCUCAUUGUUGCCUCUGCAUCAGUCCCAGAAGAUAAAGAUAUUGUGAAAGAGGCUUCAAGUCACAAUGUUGCCAUUGGCAGUGGUGUUAUUGUUGGUGGUGUUGUCAUCAUCUUUGGGAUCAUCAUAAUAGUAAGAAGGAAGAAGAUGUCGAAAUACAAGUAAAGCAGCGGGGAGAAGACUCAACACUGGGAGCAAUCAGGACAACAUACCAGAGGAACUGAACAACUUGAAAAACCCAGACAACAAUUCAUAGUUUUUGGUCACGUGACAUGCGCGGUGAUCUGGAGGGCAAAACAACAGACCAACUCCGCGACUCCCCCGUAGAGACGUCGAAAAGCAGUCAGAUUUUAUUUGGAUCACCUUUCAACUUAACACAAAGACAGAUAUGAACACAAACUGCAAGUGUUGGGCAUUUCCCAUCCAUUUAACCGUACAGCAUUCGCUGCCACAUUUCUACCGUUAAAAACUGCCAGGUCCCUGCCGCCUCUAAUUUUUACUUUUUAUAUUCUGGAGAAACCCUCACCUAACAAAGCCCAGGCUUGUCUGCUCAAUUAGUGAAUCGGAAAGCACAACAACAAUCCAGCAUUUUGGCAACGCAAAAAGUAACUAACUCAAAGUAACAGUGUAUCACUUGCUUAUUGGUUGGCAGGUAGCGGAAAAUAACGUCUUUUUUUGCUUCAUGUGACGCUUCAGAGGAAAGGACGUCUCAUGUCUCUAAAAACAUAUUUCCUCGUCCCCUCUCUCGCUUGGUUUCCUUGCAUCUCUCCAUGCAUCCCUGAUGGGCGGGACUAAGACGCUAGAAAAAGACGCAAGUGAUGGGAAACAGAGAGAUGCAGCCUAUGAACCAGUUGACAGAAGACAGAUGGAGGUUUUUUUAUUCCAUCUAAAGAUCUUUGUGAGGUGAUCUGAGUAACUGUACACACCUGUAACUCCCACAUUUUCCUUAAGCCGUGAUGUGAAGUUUAUUUAUUUAUUUCUUCUAUAAAACACUCAGGCAUUUAAUAGAUAUUGCAGUGUGAGGAAAGAUUUUAGUGGGCAUGGUAGUUUUUGCAUUUAAUUUGCGCAGUAUCUAGUAGGAGUAAGGAGGAGGGAAUUAUAAAUAAAGCUGGAUAAAUACAGGGAAGCACCCUGGAAUCAAGGACCAAUAUUCAAAUGUGAAAACAGUCUCAAAAAAUGGGAAAGGAACCUGGAGAUUAGGUGACACACUGUGGGUUCCAGAUGUGGAUGGGUGUGUGUGGAUGUGUGUAAAAAGUAUGAGUGUGUGUGUGUAAAUGUGUCACUCGAAAAAACCUCCUCCCUUAAAUCCGCUAAAGUUUUUACACUCACUUGAGGUGGGUUUUGCCUUUGUCAAAAGUUGGCCUAAUGCGCAAAAUGGGAGUGAAAACACUUUUGCCAAAUAGGUUCUGACGUAGAGAACUUGUAUAAAACUGUGCGCAGAACCCUCACUAAAAGUGUACAUACGCCCAAAAGCCAAAAAUGGCAUACGUCAAAAAAUAUUAAGAUUAUAAAACCAUGUGUAUGCACAUCUGUAAGCAAGUUCCCUUUUUAUAAAUCACAAUCAAAAUGUGGCAAGUGUGUGAAAAGAGUAAACCAAAUGCAUUCCGCCUGUGUUUACAUUUAUUUAGGCUACACAAACAGUCCACUCAGUUAAUGAGGCUGGCGAUGAGUUGAAAGAAAUAUGACUUGCUGUAAAUGACAUAAAAUAGUGUUAUAUUUCCAUAAUGUGUUUUUACAAGCCUCACAUCCACCCGCGGGCACACAGUGUUUGGCUCGAUAGGGCAACGAACAUGUGAAAAGGCUAAAUGAAACUAUACACUCCUAUUUGCUCAACUGACGCACUGAAAACGCCAUCAAAUUAAAUAUUUUUUCCUCCUGUUCACCUUAUUUAUGAAAAUAAAUUGCACUGCAUGCAAGUAUUAAUUGCUAUAACUCCCAAUUAAAUUGUCCAACAUAUUUGAGGCUUUCUUUCGCAGAAACGGAUAUCUCCAUUUGUGUUUAUUCUAAAUCUGGAUCUUUUGUGUGUGCUGCAAAUGAUCUUGCCAGAUAUUCCCAUUAUGCGCGGAGACAAUCGAAAACUCACCUGUUUCGAUUUACUUUUUUCUUUCUUUGUUGUUCAUAUAGCGGCAAUUUAUCUCAUUGCACUUUUCAUAUAGUGCAGGUCUAGACCGCACUACUCUUUGUGAUAUUAUUUAACAAAGGCAUCACCUACGUGCAGGCACCUUCUGUGUUUAUCAAAAAUUGAGGUCUCAAAACUUUGAAUGUUGCUGUGUGCCAAUUAACAAUAAUUAACAAUAUGCAUUACGUGAUAGAAAAAUGUAUCUGGACACAAUCGUUUACACAUUAAAAUGCCAGUUUAGAAUUUAGACUGCUUUAUGCAGACAGAGUCUAGGGUUACACUAACAAUAUUUUUUUUGUACAGGCAUUUUGACUAAUUGUCAGUACUGUAAGCUGUGUUAAGAGUCCUUAUGUUAGUGUCUGUUAUUUUUUUUUAGUGGACUGCACUUUAUGACUUUGCACUGUGGCUCUUGAACUGUCCUGCAUUAUGUUAACAUGUUUGUUACUUUGUCCACUCACUGGUUGUCAUUGUUUUAUCCAGGUAUUGCGCUUUCAUCACUUUGUUGCACUUUGUCUGCCUUUCAACAAAAACACAACCUCAUUAACCUUCUGAAGGAUACAUAAAAAGGAGAUGUUUUGUUUUUUUGCUCAGAUCCACUUUCUUACUGACAAAAGAUCAAUACAGCCAGUGGCCUUAUUAGCACAAAGUCUGGAAACAGGGAUUAAUGUGGUAUCAGUCCUCCCAUCUAACUCUAAGAAAGCAAAUAAUCAUUUUUUAAACUAUUUCUUUUAAAACUUGAAGUGUGAUUGACUAAUUUUUCCCACUUUUCUAAAUCAUUCCCAAACUAAUGUAAUGAUGCAUGUAAACAGUCCAAAUUAGUAUUACAUGCUACGUGCUUGUAUUUGUACUGAAUGAAUCUGUUUUAUUUCAUGUGUUGCUGAAAGACUUUUUGGGGAGGGUACGAGAUGGGACAGUGUGAAUGGUUCAUUGUAUUUGUGUAGCUGUUUGUUGGUCUGUUUUCAUAUAUAAAGUUAUUUAUUUA